AUGGCUGUCAUGCUGCUCAAUAAAUUUGAAUCUGACGAAUCGUUUCUAAAAAAAUUCGUUGAAUAGUUUCUACCACCGGCUCGAGAUUGGUCUGAAAGCCUUCCACAGGGUCUGCCAGGCGACUUGUAUAGCGGGCAAAGUGCGGCUGCGACAGUGACUAGUCGCUUUAAACGUGCUACAUUAGAAGAUAUCAGAGAAGUGGUAAGUAGUAUGACACCCUAUUUGGUAGAUGAAAAGAGGGAAAAGGUGGAGCCAAAAUUGCUGGAAGAAAAGAAAGAAACGGUAGGUGUUACUGUAGAUUCAAUUUUCAAUGUUCAAGAAGCCUCAGAUGUUCUUCAUGGAUGCUUCGAUGAAAAGGACCUCUCCAAAGAAAGGAGUCAGGAAUUACUGAAGAGCGUAGAGCCCUUCAUUUACAGGGGAAAGCCUUCGAUUGAGAAGGCAACAGAACUGUUUCAAACAAAAGUAUCUAUGUUUUCCAGUCACAAAAAGCUACUGUUCAUCUUGUCAGACGCAGAGCCUACAGAUGGACAAACUACUGACCAUGCAAGAAUAGCUCGUAUGGUCUCAAAAUUGACCACAGCUGGUGUGACUGUAGUGAGCUGUUCUAUCACUGACUCCGCAAGUAUUAACCCUAGACGACUAUUCAGCAAGGCGGAGCCUGCCUGGGAUCGGGGCGCAAAGUUCCUGUUCUCAUUGACCUCGAAAUUGUCAAUGCAAUCGCUACCACGCACAAUUUUUGUUAAACGUGAUGGGACCAUCGAUGACACCAGCAAUGAAACCCACUUGUUCUCGCAGGUCAAUCAUCCAAACAACUGCAAAGCGCUUGCAAGUUGGCUCAAGAUGUCUUUUUAUGUAAAGAUACGUUAUCGGAUGUGCUUGCAUCUGUAG